CACACCUCCAGAGCUUUGAGGGGUUGACACAUAAUUGACAAAAAAAGGAUUUCACAAUGCAUUUCUGCACGGAUUCUCUUAUUCUUGUGGCCGCCACGGGAUUCAUCCAAGCCGUGUCUGCCAACAGCGCGGCAACCUGCACAACGCCCAUCUCGGCACUCUACGCACUCCAUCCAGAAUGCGCGCGAUCCUGUCUCGGAUGCGUCGACUCGAACGAGAGCUUUUCGCACAACUGCGAGAUCAACGGCAAUUGCUGUCGGGGCUCCACGGCCACCACCGUGAUCCCGCUCGUGUACGGGUGCGUCGAGACGUCGUGCUCUGCCGCCGACCGCCAGGCCAGCUGGGCUGAAUUCCUGAGGAACUGUGCGAACCACGGAAACCCCGUCUCGAGGGCUGAUACGCCUGCUGGGUACUCUUAUAUCAACUUUGAUGUCACCACAGGAGCGGAUACUCCCUUGUCAAGUGGUAGUACAACAGGCCCGCAAGUACCAAGCACGGCAAGCUCCUCAACAGUUGGCAACGGGGCGGCGUCACCGACUCAGACCACCAUCCAGACCACUAACUCGGACCAGCGGGGGAGUAGCUCUGGGUUACAGAAGGGGGAGAUUAUCGGAAUCGCGUUGGGAUCUGUCUCUGCCCUCUGCGCGGUUGUCGGCUUGGGCUUGCGAUGGAGGCACCUGCGGAUGGAGAAGAAGAGGGGUUCCGCGGCGCCAAAGGCAAGUGAGCCGCAGAACUCCGAGAAGGCGGCACAGUGAGCGUGAACUUGAUUGAAUUUGGCAGGGAGCGAGG